ACUGCUUCAGGCAAAGGCUAUACAAAAAGUAGAAUCUAUGCACAAAAGAGCCACACGAAGAAACGGACGUAACGUAACGACACGAGUUGUUCGUAGGCAGUGGUCUGACUUGUCGGUCUUAAAAUGAUAGUGUAAAGAGAGAGCCGACUCAGAUUAUAUACAACCAUGACUGCCAAGAAAGCAGGAACUCAUCUCUCUAAAAAUGUUCUUCAGAUGAAGUUCAUGCAAAGAAGUGUCCUUAGGAUAGAAAAAGAACAAAAUGAAGAGGAACAACAGAAAGUCAUUGAUGAUGAACAUUGGGUACUAGAUAUACCAGAUUACAAAACUAAAGAGUCAUUAUUUCUACAAAAUCAAAGCUAUGUUGUUUGUGAAGGGCUACGUUUUGGUCGACAGUCUUAUCAGGGAUUUAAUCCUGAAAUAGAGAAAAUAAUGCGACUACAAAAUGCUGAAGAAGAGGCAAAGAGGUCAGAAGAGAUAGAAAAACAAAACAGUGUCAGUGACCAAGAAAUGGUCAAUAGGUAUUCAUCACUAAUGGGUGUUAUAGCCAAGAAAUUUGCCAAGAAACGCAACAGAAAUGAUGUGGCUGAAAAUGACGAGAGCGGAGAGCCCAGGUCCAAGAAAACUUUCAUGAAACCAUCAGAUGAUUGAGUGUGCUUGGAGUUUCAUGUGGCAUCACCAGCAGAUUAGAAGAUGAAUGCAAUUUUCAAAUUGUCACGCACCACAUCUUGUAAAAUAUUAUUAAUGGGCUUAAAUGACAUGAGUGCAUCACAAUAAAAUUGUAACAUUC